AUGGCAGCCAAAGCAGUAUUUGUCUUCUGCCUGAUUACCAGGAUGGCAACCAUGGUAACGUCUGUAACAGCUUCGGCAAGUGAGGUGAGCGUCAAUAGAGGUGAACAGUUACAUAUAUCGUGUGAUGUCUGGUAUGAAGAUGCUACAAACAUCGCAGCGGUUAAUUGGUACAGGCAGGGAGAUCUAAUAAGGUACGGUAAACUCGAUGUUUCAACAAGUUGUGCGCAAAUUUGUGGAGCAUACACAGCUGACAAUCGUGGAAAAAUCCGAUACGAAAAAAGCAGGAACAUGUCAACGCUGACACUAGAAAUCGAUAACAGUACUUUAGGAGACAAUAAACAGUUCACUUGUGGAUUCUUCACUAAGAGAGGAGACGGAAGUUUAGCUCAAACAGCAACAGCAAUCAUAUCUGUGAGUGUGAAUUACCCUCAAGAUGAAAUGAAUCCAGUGUGCUUUGUGUCAAGUCCCUCUGUGCUGACUUGCUCAUCUGAGAUAACUCAACCAUUGGUUUCUCUGGAGUGGACAACCUCGGUCAAUUCAUCAAGGAUAUCACUGUUAAACGACACGGUCAUCACUGGGAGUCAAGUAAACAACAUUUUCUAUCUCCAUCUCGACACCCUCAAGAUUCCGUACGACAAUAAUAUAUUCACUUGCUAUUUGACAACGGAGGCCAGUCCCGUCUUCAAAGGAAAUUGCUCCAUCGGACCCAUUACCGUUCCAUCCAUUUCAUGGACCGGGGAUACGGAAUCCACCGAAGCUUCGAUAAGCACUACAAGGGAAAUGGACACAUUUGCUGCCCCAUCCAAUCCAACAGUUGUGGACACUAGGGCAUCUCAGACUUCUAGACGCAUCUCACAGCAAGGCGAAACACAAACAUCCGAACCCACUCAAGAUACAGAACUGUCCUCCGCCAGAACCGACAGCCUUUCUCCUGCAGGGCUAACCACGCCUUCUCCUUCGACAGAAGUUGCUCAAUCCACCUUCACAUACACAACUUGGCAUAAAAGUCCAACCGAGACGUCCACCAGACACCGGACUACAAUCAGCUUGAGCCCAUUUGAUGAAAUAUCGCCUUCCAUAAUGCCGACAGACCCCGCCCCCUUACUUGGCAGUACUUUCUUCAUCGCACUAUCGGCUGCAUCCGGUGGCGUCAUCAUAUUCCUGCUCGUCAUCGUAGCUUGCCUAGUCUCAAGGAGGAAAACUAACAAGCGAGAUGCUAUAAACGUAAGCAUGUCCAUGGCCACAAUAUCGGGGACAGCAGAGACUGGUAGGCUGGGAACUGUAUACGGCCAUCGAUACGAUGACCAGCGAAGCAGUCAAAGAGCAGGCAGCAACAGCUAUGACAUGGGGGAAAACAGACCAACUAGUCCCGUGCAGCUGGUGGCCGCGUACGCUGUGGUUCCUGUGCCGGGCUUACUGCAGCAACCACCGCCGGAGUAUGCUGUGCUAGAUCCAGACAUGUCAUCAGAGGAGGUAGCUAGCGAUGACGACACGUACGAGUGUGUUGUUGAGGAGAAGAGGAGGAGACGAGGCUUGAAGGAAGUUGCAGCAUCGGAUGAUGCGGCAAACUUUGGACACGACGCGCCUCAAGAUUCUGAAGACACGGAGAUGGCUGUUGCUUACGCCGAGAUUGGACAAACCACCUCAUCAAGCUCCUCUGUGACUCCUCGGGGCAAUGACGACCACAGCAAAGAUGACAGGGGGUUCGUGGACAACGUCCUGUACAUGGCGUCAUCGAAUGAUGCAAUCAUCAACGAGCAAAGAUUUGGAAAUAGUGUCUUCACCUCUCAGAAAAAGGUCAAAGGGAAACCCAGACUGGAUCCGUUCUAAGUUCGACGUGCAAAACUGAGCUCAUUCACUUUCUCGUGAGUGAGCUUUGAUGUCAAGCUGUACUCAUACUAUGUUCAAAACCGGCAAAACUGUAAUGGUUACUCGGCCUUAUGCUUCGUACUUGUCAAACAAACCUGACGAUCAGUGCAAUGAUGAUGCUACGUUUUUGUGUCGCCAUGCAGAACGACGUUUUGGGUAACUCUUACCAGUCCUAAAUUAUGUUUGACCGUAUCCCCGUAUGACCGUAUGAACAUGUCCCCGAAUGUAUGUUAAAGUUUAAGUUUUUGUGGAAAAUGUAUAACGUCUACACGCUUCCAAGGAUUUUUAUGAAACUUGGAUGCAGUGACCCUUGGUUGGGAAGAUACGAUUCUGGAUUACUGAGAUCAAAGGUCAUGUAGGGGUCAUUAGAGGUCAUUGUUCAA